AUGGAGCCAAGAUUAAGAGCUACUAUGGAACAAUUUUUGGCUCUUAUAGACUUUAUGGAAAGGUACGGGGAUCUAUCAAAACCUGCGCCAGGGCUUAUAGGACGAAAUAAUUGUGAGUUGUUGUGGAUGCAAUUAACAAAAAUAUUAAAUUCUAUUCCUGGUGGUGUUCAGAAACCAUUAGAUAAAUGGAAAAAAGUAUGGGCCGACUGGAAAACGAAAACAAAAAAAAAAUAUAUAAACAAAUGUGAUGGUUUAGGUCGUUUUGUUAAAAUAACUGCGUUAGAGGAAAGAGUGGUGGCAGUCAUGGGAGUAACUAAAAAAUUUGAUCAAAUUGUCACUCAAGAGCAAGACUACAAGAUUGGGAGUGCUACUGAACAGUCACCGGGACCUAGUAAUACUGAUGAUAUUGUGCUGGAGAACCACAGCAACCAGAAUAUUGUGACACCUGACAUAUAUUUGAUACAGUCGCCGCAAGUAAAGGAAGAAACAAUACUGGUUACACCGGCAUCACUCCCGUCACUGUCACCAACACCAUCCCAAAACCAUAAUUUUAUAGAGGAAAAUAACAAACAGCCUGUAUCAUCUCAAUUCUCGACAACUUCACGACGAGCUUCAGUUAUGCGAAGGAAUAGAAGACUCCAUACACCUUUUGAACGGGUGGCAGAACAAUUUGCAGUCAUUGAGCGAAGGCGACUUAUGUAUGAAGAGGAGAGAGAUAAGCGACUUCAUGAGAGAGAGAUGGAAAGGAUAAAACUGGAAGCUGAGAGAUUAAGAUUAGAAACAGAGAGGCUGGAGGUUACUCGCCAACAAACCUCCUUGUUGCAUCAGUUAAGCCAUCUCGGUCAACGUCUGAUUGAAGUAAUGACAGAGCAGCAAACUGCUAGUCUACUGUCAACUGACCCUGAGAGGUAG